AAGCCUUGGUCUGUCAAUUCAAGCAUCCCAUCAUCCUAACAAUUCUCUCAAUCCUCCUAGAGUUUUCUCACACUUUCUAUCGAAACACUUCUAGAGAACAAUCCAGAUAAUCCACCAUUAAACCUAUAAAUACCUACUUCACCUCUCUGCGGUUCUAUCAUCGGAAACAGCUAAAAAAUUACAUCAACAAUCUCCUAAAAAUCUCAAUGCAAACCAAUAUGGCGAAUCCAAGAAGCCUUCUCGUGCUAACAAUCAUAUUCAUGGCAACACAAGCUAAUGCACUAAGCCCAUACACAAGACCAUCGCUCUUCGACAUGAUGCUCCCGACAGAAGAUCCCCUCAGGAUCCUGGAACAGACCCCACUAACAAUCCCAAAAGGCGUGGAGACUCUGGCUUUAGCAAGAGCUGACUGGAAGGAAACGGCGUCAGCCCACGUGAUCACCCUUGAUAUUCCAGGGAUGAAGAAGGAGGAUAUCAAAAUCGAAGUGGAAGAGAAUAGGGUGCUGAGAGUGAGCGGGGAGAGGAAGAGUGAAGAGGAAGUUCAGGGCGAGAAAUGGCACCGAGCUGAGAGGACUGUUGGGAAGUUCUGGAGGCAAUUCAAGCUGCCGGUUAAUGCGGAUUUGGAGCAUGUUAAAGCUCAUCUUGAAGAUGGGGUGUUGAGGAUCACCUUGCCGAAGCUUGCCGAGGAGAAGAAGAGGCAGCCCAAGGUUAUCAAUAUUGCUGAAGGGAGUUCUUCUGGUGAAGAUGUUAAGGCCACCAAGGCUGCAAGGUAGAGCGAUGAUGUGUUCUCAGUUUUAAAAUAUUUCAAUUAGUUUUGUUUUGAGUGAUUCUGUUUGAUCUUCUGUUUGGUCAUUUAAGUUGUCUGUUCAAGGAUUUGGUGUAUCUCAGUAUUAUAAGACAAUGAAUGAGUUGUAAUUAUACCACAAA